AUGGAACAAUUUCGUCAACGUUUACUUGAAAGCACAGUAAAACAAUCGGAUUUAAUUGAAAUAUUUUCACAGAUUGAUGCAGAUCAUUCAGGUCGAAUAAAUUAUGAAGAAUUUCAUAGAGCAAUUAAAUAUCUUAAAGUUGAAAUGAAAAAUGAUGACGAAAUAAAAAGUCUUUUUCAGCAAUUCGAUACAACUCAUAAUGGUCAAAUUGAUCUUAACGAAUUCUUAAAGAAAUUGCGACCACCGAUGAGUCAACGACGUGAAAGAGCUGCUUUAAAUUUAUUCAAUGGAAUGGAUGUCAAUCACGAUGGAAAACUAACAGUGCAAGAUCUUAAAACAAAAUACGCUAGCCAAAUUAAAAAUAAUAAGAAAAAAGGCGAUCAAUCCGUCGAUAAGGCUCUUCGCAAUUUUCUCAAUAAAUUCGAUACACGCGGUCAAGAAGAUGGCAUCAUUGAUAAAGACGAAUUUCUCGGAUUCUGUUCAAUGCUAAGUGCUACAGUCAAUGACGAUAUCUAUUUUGAGCACGUUCUCCGGCUACUAUUCGAUUUUCGUCUUUAA